AUGUCUAGCGAGCAACCUGCUGAGAACAGGCUUUGGGGAGGUAGGUUCACUGGAGCCACCGAUCCCUUGAUGAAUUUAUAUAAUGCUUCAUUGCCUUAUGACAAGAGAAUGUAUUCCGCAGAUUUGUUGGGUACUAAGGUUUAUACUCAAGGUUUGAAUAAGAUCGGAUUAAUUACCGAUGAUGAACUAAGCUCUAUCCAUAAAGGUUUGCAAGAGAUUCAGAAAGAGUGGGAUUCGGGCACGUUUGUCGAAAAACCUGGUGAUGAGGACAUCCACACUGCAAACGAAAGAAGAUUAGGAGAGAUAAUUGGGAAGCAUAUUGCGGGCAAAGUUCACACUGGUAGGUCUAGAAACGAUCAAGUGGCUACAGAUAUGAGGAUAUUUGUUCGUGAAAGCUUAACAAAUUUGCUUAGCAUUUUAGCAGACUUCAUCAAGGCAAUAUUGAAGAGAGCCGCCGCAGAGAUCGAUGUUUUGAUGCCAGGUUAUACUCACUUGCAAAGAGCUCAACCUAUUAGAUGGGCUCAUUGGCUUUCUUCUUAUGCUACUUACUUUACGGAAGAUUACAAGAGGUUAAAACAAGUUUUAGAUAGAGUUAAUCAGUCACCUUUGGGAGCUGGUGCAUUGGCCGGUCAUCCUUAUGGCAUUGAUAGAGAAUUUUUGGCCAAGGGCUUGGGGUUUGACUCGACCAUAGGAAACUCUUUGACAGCUGUGAGUGAUCGUGACUUUGUCGUUGAAUCUUUGUUUUGGUCAACUCUAUUUAUGAACCAUAUUUCGCGUUUCUCUGAAGACUUAAUAAUCUAUUCUACAGCUGAGUUCGGUUUCAUUCAAUUGGCUGAUGCCUAUUCCACUGGAUCCUCUUUGAUGCCACAGAAAAAGAAUCCCGACUCUUUAGAAUUAUUGAGGGGUAAGUCAGGACGUGUAUUUGGUUCGAUGUCUGGUUUUUUAAUGUCAAUAAAAUCCAUUCCCUCUACUUAUAAUAAGGACAUGCAGGAGGAUAAGGAGCCUUUAUUUGAUGCCUUGACAACGGUUGAACAUUCCAUUUUGAUUGCAACAGGUGCUAUCUCUACUUUGAAAAUUAAUGAAAAGAAUAUGAAAAAUGCCUUGACAAUGGAUAUGCUUGCUACUGAUUUAGCCGACUAUUUAGUGAGAAAGGGAGUUGCAUUUAGAGAGACUCAUCAUAUCUCUGGUGAGUGUGUAAGGGCUGCCGAAGAACAAAAAUUGUCAGGAAUCGAUCAAUUGACUUUAGAGCAAUUACAGUCCAUAGAUAGCCGGUUUUCUGAUGAUGUUAAAGAUAUCUUUAACUUCGAAGCCAGCGUCGAAAGAAGAACUGCUACAGGAGGUACUGCCAAGGCUGCCGUUUUGAAACAGCUCUACGCUCUAGAAGAAUCUUUAGUCUAA